GGAAACAUUGGGGACUUGAAGAUUUAAAGGAGACGGGGAAUCGCUUUUCUCUCCCCCUUUAGAUAUUAUUGUAGACCUUACUCAUACUUACCUACUAAACCUAUUGGAUGGGCACAGGUAAGGGGUAAGACAUCUUUGUAUAACAAGCCCGCAAUAUAUGUGAACGGGGAGGGGGGGACUGGCUGGGGAGCAGAGCGACGUCGGGUCAAAAUGUCGAUACAGUAUGUAGAAGAACCACUGGCCGAUAGCUAUGGGGUGGCGGAUUCGUUCCCCAAAGAUUUUGGUUAUGGAGAAGAAGAGGCCGACAUCGAGGACAGCCCGGCACCCUCUGACAGUAAACCGAGGAUACUGCUCAUGGGACUGCGAAGGAGUGGCAAGUCAUCGAUCCAAAAGGUGGUGUUCCACAAGAUGUCUCCCAAUGAGACGCUGUUCCUGGAGAGCACCAAUAAGAUCUACAAGGACGACAUCUCCAGCAGCUCGUUCGUCAACUUCCAGAUCUGGGACUUCCCCGGCCAGGUGGACUUCUUCGACCCCACCUUUGACUACGAGAUGAUCUUCAGAGGGACGGGGGCGCUCAUAUUCGUCAUCGACGCACAGGAUGACUAUGUGGAGGCGUUGGGGCGUUUGCACCUGACGGUGUCACGGGCGUACCGGGUGAACCCCGAGAUCAACUUCGAGGUCUUCAUCCACAAGGUGGACGGGCUGUCGGACGACCACAAGAUUGAGACACAGCGCGACAUCAACCAGAGGGCCAAUGAUGACCUUGCUGAUGCUAGCCUGGAAAGACUGCACCUCAGCUUCUACCUGACGAGUAUCUAUGACCACUCCAUAUUUGAAGCCUUCAGUAAAGUGGUGCAGAAGCUCAUUCCCCAGCUUCCCACACUGGAAAACCUUCUCAACAUCUUUAUAUCGAACUCGGUGAUCGAGAAGGCCUUCCUGUUCGACGUGGUCAGUAAGAUCUACAUCGCCACAGACAGCUCGCCGGUGGACAUGCAGUCCUACGAGCUCUGCUGCGACAUGAUCGACGUGGUCAUCGACGUCUCCUGUAUCUACGGUCUUAAGGAGGAUGGCAGUGGCAGUGCGUAUGAUAAGGAGUCCAUGGCCAUCAUCAAGCUGAACAACACCACCGUGCUCUACUUGAAGGAGGUCACCAAGUUCCUGGCCCUCGUCUGCAUCCUCAGAGAGGAGAGCUUCGAACGCAAAGGCCUGAUCGACUACAAUUUCCACUGCUUCCGGAAGGCCAUCCACGAGGUGUUUGAGGUAGGCAUGACGACGUCUCGCACGCCCCCGACCCCCACGGGAACGCCGUGCCUCAUGAAGGGCGUGGCCCUCAAUGGAACGCCGCGCAGCACCGUCUAGAGGGGCGGGGCCCGACCACACGAGACACGAGAGAAGAGAGCGAGCGAGAGACAGAUGAAGAGAGAUGCCAGGACACCAGAGAAUGAAAGAGAGAUGGACACGGACACAAAUGGACAAAGAGGAGAGGAUGAUAUGACUUGAGAAGGGUGCUGGUGAUUAGGAAGAGCACAAGGGUAGAGGGGCACAUCCUCUAUGCCAACCAUGACCUCCCCCACCCACAGGCCCUUUAACCUUUGACACCCCCUUACGCACCCUGAAUCCCUCCCUCCAUCCCCAGCCCCUCUUCCCUCCCCUGCUCCUCCACCCCGCACCCUAAGAAAAGCUCCUGAGAUUUUUUUUUUUUAAAAUAAAAGAAAAAGAAAUUUAAAAAGCUGCACAGGGACAGAGAAAGAGACUCUACUGCCACACCACACCCUACACCCUAACUCAGAAGACAAACUACUCAAAAACAUAAAAGUAAAUAAUUAAAAUAAAAAAGGAAAUUUAAAAAAAGGACUGCUGCAGGGGAGUGAGCGCUUCUCUGGAGCUCUAGAGUGUCGCUACAGCAGAAUCAGGACGGGAGAAUGGGAUCAAGAAAGACAAGAAAAAAGAGAGGAUGGAGGGAGGGAGGGAGUGAUGGAUGGAUGGAUGUGGAAGAAUCUCUUUCAUGGCAUGGAGAGGCAUUAUUGCGCAGCUCGGCAGGAGAAAGGGGACAGACCAGGCAGGCCGGGGUUAACUGUGUACACUGAGAGAAUGACUAAGAUGUUUUAUUUUCUUGUAGUCCAAGUCUGGUAAAUAUAUGAGCGUAUGCACACAGACCUCCCCAUGGGCUGUCUCGGUCUCUCCUGCCAGCUCGUGAACGUGGGAAGUUAAUAACCUCUUGAAUCUGCUGUAUGUUAUUAUCGACAUGAUCUAUAUAUUUUUUUUCUCCCUUCUGAUUCUUUUUACUGUGCUGCUGGUUCCUGGAGGAUAUAGUGAAGCUUGUGGCUGGUUGGCCGAGGGCGUGUGUACUGUACAAUGCUGUAAUGUACCCUUGCCAACAGUAGGACUUAACUCCACUUGGGAAGCCUUAUGUAGGGGAAGCCGUCGCUGCAUCGUGUGGCGUUGUAGGUCGCUUGUUGGCUGCAAGCUUCAUAAUGGCCCUCACUCAGUGCACCUCAAUCUUUACCUGUGAUGAUUGAUUGUCUUUUUGUUCUGGUUUAUUUUUUUCCAUUUUCUUUUCUCUUUUUUUGUCAUGAUUUUUCAUUUUUUUUUGAGUUUGUCAGGAGUUAAAAGGGAUUCUGCUUGAUGUUUAAUAGUGCAUUUGUGUGCGCGCCUGCGUGUGUGUGAUACAGUAGAUUGUGUAUUGGUUGCAACAUGCCAUGUGCGGAAUGAGGUUUGUAAGCGAGGCAGUUGAUUUCUUUUUCGAAUAUAAAGACUGAUUUAGCAGGCAGGGUAGGGUAGGAGGAAGGCCCUCUGUAGCCAGGGGAAUGUGGGUGUUCCCCGGGAGCCCUGCCUGUGGAUGCUUUCGAUGGACAGGUGGCAAACCCUGGUUUCCCUUUAGUCACCCAUGGAGGUGUAACACGCUAACCGUAACCACAGAAGCUUACAGGUGUGGACAGACGCCUGUUGGCCAGUCUUGGCUCUACCGGCUCGCAUUCCCAAACACACUGGUCCUGCUGUAGAUGCCGGUGACACCGCUUUGAUCAGCUAGUGUAUCCCUCACCGCUGUUUCGAUCAUUUGCUAGGUUUUCCCUCACUGCAUGGGUCAGGUUACCCCUCAACACCUGGAUGAGGUGCCAAGUUACUUUUGUUGCCCUCAUCUCUAUGAUCAGUAGAUCAGUUGCCAGGUUACCUUCACCGCUAAUGACCUGUUAAUAGGUUACCCUCAGAGAAAAGAUGCUGGUGAGCUAGUGCCGCAUCUCUUGUGCAGAUGACGUCAUCACUGUGACACAUUCUAGAAUGUACGCGAGAAACUCACCCAGAAGGUCUGAGCAGAUACACGGCUAUGCCCACUGAUCAGGUGUUCAAGCGAAACCCCCCCUCUGAUCAUUGAUGUAUGUCUCCUAGAUGCUGGGCCUUCUAGACACUUGCGCUUUGGGAAUGAAGAGCACAGAGGAGCAGGGUGUGACCAUAGCUGUUAACGGUGUUAUAUCUUUACAUGCUAAAACUCCUGAUUAGCUUCGCCCUCUCUCACUAGUGGUGUGUGAACUGCUGUCCCUUUUGAAGAGCAGGAAUACAUGCUGUUUUUUUCUUUCCUUUUCUUCUUUUUUGUUUUUUCUAUCUUCUUUUCUGGCACAGCACCUACUGAGUGACAGGAACCCUGUGUCCUUCCUGAGCAUGCCUGCAUCGAUUGGAGUCAAACACACUUCAAACACCAAUACACACACCUCUUUAAGGUUGUCUCUUACUCUCUCCGCCAUCGACCAUUCUUAAAGGGAACAGCACUAACACUUUUAAGAAAUCCUGGAAAAGAAACGCGACCAAACAAAAAACGUCACUCAUUAAGAGAUAUAAGGAAUAAAUGAAUACAAAACCACAGUGACGCCACGUUCGCUAGUGAUUUUUUUUGCUUUUUUCGUCACCUCACACGUCUGCCGCAGGUGGAAGUGUUCCCAUGGUCUUCUGAUGACGUGUGAACACGGGGAGCCAGUGCCUUUCUCUUUCCAGGCAGAGUGUUCAAAGCGUUUUAAAUGUCAUGAGCCUUCUUAACCCCUCGUCCAGGCUUCUUCUCACAUUUAAUACAUGUUUUAUUAAAAUAAUAAAAACAGCAUGGAUAUGGA